AUGGCUCCCAAGAUCAUCCUCUACACAAACCACAUCUGCCCCUGGGCUCACCGCGCCCACAUCGCCCUCAAGGAGCUGGGCCUGCAGUACGAAGAAGUCAUCAUCGACCUCGACACCCCGCGCGAGCCCUGGUACCUCGAAGUGAACCCGCGCGGGCUCGUCCCGACAAUCUCCUACAAUGGCACCAUAAUCCCCGAGUCCGGCAUCGUCGCCCAGCUCCUCGCAGACGCACACCCCUCGCACCUCCUCCCCCCCUCCAACACCGAAGCCGGCGCCAUCAAGCGCGCCCAAAUCGCCUUCUUCGCUGAUACCUUCACCAGCAAGCUCCUCCCGCUCGUCUUCGGCGCCCACAGGGCAUCAGACGCCGACCUCCCCGCUGCAACCGAGGCGAUCGUCGAGGCGAUCGAGAAGAAUAACAUCGAGGGUCUGCUGUACCCGGCCGGAUCGGGCUCUGGUCCGUUUUUCCAGGGCGCGGAGAAAUUGACCCAGGCCGAGGUUCUGACGGGGUCGUUUUUGCUGAGGCUUUUGUCGCUCCAUAAGCCUGAGUAUGGGCUAUUUGCCCCGGAGCUGCCGGCGCUCUUGGAGAAGAGGGUGCCCAAGUUCUUGCAGUGGGCAAAGGCUGUUGUUGCGCAGGAGAGUGUGAAUUUCAUCUGGGAUGAGGAGAAGGUUGGCAAUAGGACUGCGGCCAAGUUCAAGCCUAAGAACUAG